AUGGCUGCAGGGAAUUCUGUUGGAUCCUUGAUGGGGACAAUCUCCCAAAAGGGCUACAUGAAACCUCAUGUUCAACUGCUGGAGGUGUGCAUGAUGGUAUCAAGCUACUUUGAUGAGAUGAAUGAUGGAAGGAAAGUCAAAGCCUUCAGGAUUGAUCUUCCAACUGAAUCUGAAAACACUGCUGGCAGGAUUCUGCGUUGCAAUACUUGCAUCAGUUCACAGAUGGAGGCUGAAAAGGCAUUUGAGGAAACCCUCAGAACUGUAUUAAUUUUCACAGAUGGUCUGGGAAGAGAAGUCAAGAGAGCAAUUCGAAAAUCCUCAAAUUCUCAAUGGGUAACCACAUCUACAUUUGACCCAGCUAACAGCCAAUCUAUUCUCUCAAACAAGCAACUAGAUGUCACUGUGCAUCCAGAAUUUACAGAGUACAAGCAUCACAAAGUGGUUAAAAUCACUGGUCAUAAAGGUGAAAAUGUGGUGACAAACAUCCACAUUCUACUGCUGCAUUUCUUGGUGCCCAAGAGUGAGGAACUACAAGAAAACUGGUUUGCAAAUGUGAAACUGAAAGUUGGGGAUAUCAAUGAGGUGUUCAGAAUAGCCAAGAACUCUUUGGACUGCUUGAGUGGGUCAAGUGACAAGAUUGAGUAUGAGAGUGAGGAUUAUUUUGAUGGUUUGAAAACAGAGGCUGAGGAGGGCUUAACCGAUGGAUCCCAAGAAGCAAUCACCAGAGGCAUUGGAGGAGUAGAUUGCAGGAAGAAGCCCGAACCAAAAGCACCAAAGCCAAAACCUUGUCCACCUUGUCCAAAGCCCAUCCCCCCACCCCCACCUCCAGAGCCUGACUGUCCAAUGUCCUGCAAGGACAAGGCCCUGUUGGAUUCCUUGGCAUGUCCCAAGCCCCCAACCUGUGAAGAAAUUGUCAAGGUUGACAGGAAAAAUAAAGUGGCUGCCUUGAGGGCUGCCUGGGGAGAAAAGGUGCUGGAAUUGAAUGUGAAGCACCUGUUUCUCUCAAUGCCAUCCUUUAAGCCUCUGGGAGCUGUGCAUGGACAACUUGCACAGGCUAAACUUGCUGCUAUGGCCAUCAGAUACACUUACCAGAUGGAGGUGGAGUGGAUGAAGCAAUUGAUCCUGAUUGGGGUGAUCACAUUAGUGAAUGCCACUCCAGUCAGAGAGCAAAUUGGCUCCCUGCAGAAGGAUUUGGUGCCAACUUGUACAAGACCCCCUUCACUAGAGAAUGCUUUCCUUAGCCUACCCAAUGUUGGAAAGGGAUCUGAACAGGACCUCAGUUCUAGAUUGUUUGGUGUUGGUGAGACAGCAUUUUAUCACUGUUUGCCAGGAUACUUUGCUGGGAAGGAAUCUAGAGUGAGACUCAAGGCCAAGUGUGAGGAAGCCAAGGAUGGCACUCCAUACUGGAAUGUCAAAGGAUCUUGUUCUAGAAAUGUGAGAUGCAAUGAGCCACCUGUGUUGCCAAAUGCUGACAUAGCAGUUCGCUUUGCAUUGAAACAAGAGUUCAACCCAGGGGAGAAGAUUGAGUAUCAGUGUAAAGAUGGCUAUGUGAGUACCAUAGGCUCAACAUCACCUUACACCAAGUGCAAGACUGUGGGGAACAGAGUGGAGUGGCUACCAUUUGUAGGAUUUUGUUCCAAACUUGAUUGCCUUAGAGAUGGAAAGUGUGAGAGUGAGAAGAAGCCAACAGUGACCAGAGCUAUGGGAAAAUUGAAAAUUGCCAAGAAGUUCCAUAAUCCAUUCCACCAGUUUGGGAUGGUUGAAGCUCACAAGCAACACCAGCCAGAGAGUCCAAUUGCAUUCUCAGCUUCAGUUCCAGACUCAGAGACAAGGCACCCAGAUUCCACGGAGGAUGUCUUCAGGUCUUCUCCUUCUAUCUUCAAUUCAGACAUAGAUGUCAUCUGUCUGGACAAGUCCUGCAAGAAAAAAAAAAUUAAAGAAGUGGAUAAUGAGAAAAAGAUUGUUCAUAUCCCUCCAAAGCCAUUUUCUGAGAAACCAGUGACUCAGAGAUGGGAAUCUGCUCCACCACCUGGGCUCAAUCAGGAGGCUCUGUGCACAGGGGCUGACUGUCCCAAAAAAGGCAAUGUUGAAGAACAAGAGGUCCCAACAGUGUCCAAACCCUAUCCAGCAGAGCCUUUGUCUCCACAAUGGAGCCCUCAAGUCAAAGUCACAAUGGAAGGUGAACCACAAGGCAUGUUCAAUGCUGAGUUUGAAGAAUUUCAGGCAUCAGAGGGUCUUGCUGAGACUGAGGAAAAAGAAGCUAGUUGGAUAGAUUGUCUCAUGAGCUUCAAAGUGUACUUGAAAUACUUUGCACUGGUCUUCUUGGUUGGCGCCAUCAUAUACUCCAUCUUACAUUGUUGGCUUUGCUCUGCUGCGAAAAAGCCAAAGCCCACUGCUCACAUUCUGCUUGCAAUCCUUUCUAUCAUUAUCCUCUACAAGCUUCAUUACUUCAUCAUCUACUGGCCUGAGAUGCGAUUCAAAAUGAAUCAAAGUGUAGUGAAGCCUUCCUGCCUACAAUCAAGGACACAACAUUUUGAUUGGGAAAACAUUCUGGAUUGGCAAUCUGUUCAGAAAUAUGUUGGACAUAACGUUGUUGCCAUGGAACAAAUCAUUCAUCCUGGCUUGGACACUUGGGAAGUCAAAGAGCAUGUUGUACCCAUCAACAUCAACCAACAAAUGGUGUCUGGUUUUGGGAGAGAUUUAUCCUGCAGACAGCCUGUUGAGAACAGUACCAAGCUCCACAUCCUCAUCAUAGUCAUGUCUGCAGCAAAAAAUUUUGCCCACAGAGACAGGAUCAGGCAAACAUGGGGAAAAGUUGCUAAACAAAACUCUGAGGUUUUCACAGUGGCUUUCUUGGUGGCAGUACCAAGGUCCAGGGACCAACAAGCCCUCUUGAUAGAAGAGCAAAACACCAAUGGAGACCUGGUACAGAGUCCAGUAGAAGAACUGAAGUUCAACAUUGCCUUCAAAGACCUCAUGUCAAUAUUGUGGAUGAUCAAGAGAUGUCAAAUUGCUACCCAUGUCUUGAAAACUGAUGAUGACUUGUAUGUGAACAUUAGGAGCCUCUUCAAAUUUGCAAAGGAGCAUGAAAAGGAAAUUGCGAUGUUUGGCUACAGAAAAACUCUAAAAUGCUUUUACACUUCAGCUGAGAAUUAUGACAUGCGAAAUUCAUCCAAAUUGCCUGGGGAUUAUAAGACUGAACUGUCUUAUCCAUUCCCCCAGCUUCCCACAUAUUUGGUUCAGUCUUACUUCUAUCCGGCCAAAUUAUUGCCCAAGUUGGCUGAAGCUGCAUACAAGGUCCCUGCUUGGGCUAUGCAGUCAGACAGAUACAUCACUGGGAUCCUGGCAGAGUUUGCAGGCAUCAAAAGAGUUGAUCAUCCCAAAUUCAGGGUUUCAUUCAUAGAAUCUAUUUUGAGCAGGUCUCUUCUGCCAAAGUAUUGGAUGAAAAAGAAGUACAAGGACGCCAUAAUUGUUUCUCAUGUGCUUGCUCCCAAGUGUCACUUGUCAGGAAAUGAGGUGGAAGAUCCCAGCCAAGAUGAACAACUUCCUUUUGAAGCACAAGGGGAAGAUUGA